AUGCAUUCCUUCGGAUACAGAGCCAACGCUUUGCUGACUUUCGCCGUUACAAUACUCGCAGUAAUGUGCGCCAUCGCUUCCGUCUCCGACAAUUUCAACUCUCCCUCUCCCACCUCACAAGUCCAGGUUUUGAACAUCAAUUGGUUCCGGAAUAAGCCAGAUGGCGAUGACGAGCUCAGCAUGACAAUGAAUAUAUCAGCAGAUCUACAGUCAUUGUUUACAUGGAAUACAAAACAGAUUUUUGUCUUUUUAGCAGCAGAGUAUGAAACCCCACAGAAUUCUCUAAAUCAGGUAUCCUUGUGGGAUGGUAUCAUUCCUGCGAAAGAGCAUGCAAGAUUCUACAUCCAUACAACUAACAAAUACCGUUUCGUUGAUCAAGUAAGUGUUUUUACCACUUUACCCUUAUCAAUCUUUGACUUAAUGGACUUAAUAUGA